AUGAAAGCCUCACACUUCAUUGCAUUUCUCCCCACCGCCGGACUGGUCGCAGGGAUGCCCCAUCACGCCCGCGACCUCUGCGCCGGCUUGCCCACCAGCGGCAUCCUCAGCGCCGCCACCAACCUGCUCUGCGAGAAAAUCACCUUGACCAACACGGGCUGUUCAGUGCGGGUGAAGUUCCCCUGGGAUGUACCGACUAGCUCCUUCACCCUCAACGAUGAUACCUCGAAAACCUUCCUCGCUCAGCGCGGCCAGACGCUCCAGUUGGACGCCCAACCGAGAUCCGACCACUCCGCCGCCACCUGGACAGGGACCAACGGUGGAACCAAUCCCACUACUUACAAAGUACCCCUGGUGGGCGACCUCCCUGGUAUCAAGGUGUCGUGUCCCGAGACCUGCGUGGCGACGGACAAGAUUUGCGAUAUUGAUAAUCCAGGGAUGUGUUGCUCGCUGACUUGUGGGGUUAAGCCUCAGAUUGGGUCGGGUUAUUUCUGUUACUAG